AUGGCAAAGCGGCGUCCAAUUGCUAGAUAUGUUGAUCUCAAGCUUGACUUUGGACCAGAAUUUGGGAUAAGCUAUAUAUUUGUUUCACCUUUCUGCUACUACAAGGUCUUACUGGCAAGUUGCUACAUUCCUUUUUAUGCUGGACUGACAUUUCCUCAAUUCAAAGGCCAGAAAUGGGUUGAUGGUGGACUAAGUGAUAAUUUGCCAAGGCUUCCGUUUGGCCGAACUAUACGCAUUUCUCCAUUCAGUGGUAAUGGCAAUGAUAUCUGCCCACAGGACGAGUCGCAGGGCUUUACCAAUGUCACAUUCCGUAAUAUGAAUGUCUACGUAAACAGGGAAAAUCUGCAAAGGGAACUGCAAAUAUUUAUACCUCCCAAAAAGGAAGGAAUAGAGAGUUUAGUUCAGUUAGGUUAUAAUGACACUCUACGGUUUCUUCAAGAGGAGAACCUGUGCAGCUAUCCUGUAGCCCCUCGACCAUCUGCUUUGCCCAUGGAAAAUCAAGAUUAGAAUUUAUUAUGAAAUGGCCUUUUUAUAUGUACUGUUUGAAACCUAUAGUGUCUGCCUUAGUUAGCAAUUUUUGUUUUGUUCCAGUACCCUUUGUAUUUUAGUCUUUCACCUUUGUAAAUCCAGGGAAGAUAUAGAAAAGGGAUUGAGAGGUACUUAAAUAAAACAGACCAAGUUGGCUCAGCAAAAGUUUUAAAAAGGUGUUGCCCAUUGAUUCUAGUUUCUCAAGGCUGUGGUCUAAGAAAAAGUAUGAAGAGCCCAAAGGUUCCUAACCAUGAAAUCCUGGGUGCCCAGCAUUUACGCUUAUAUGAAAAAGUAAGUUUUUCCAGUCGCCCAAAGGCUCAGCUAAGCCCUGUUUCUUCAAGCUGUGAGUUUCCGAGGAUUCAGAGGACUGA